AUGAUUAUUAAUUAUUGGAAAUAUCAUAAAGAAAUAGGAGGAGAAUAUAUCGUGUUACAUACAUUGAAUUAUCGUCAAAAUAGUUAUAUAACAACAAUAGCUAUAGCUAGUCCUUCUAUUAAUUUUGCAACAUAUCAAAUGAAUUUCUCAUUCGAAGAUUUUUCUUUUUUAAAAAGCAUUUUUAUUGUUUUAGCUAAUUAUUAUGCAGUAAAUGAUGAUAAUGAUACAUUAAAAAUUAUACCGCAUCUUAAACAAUUUGUUGAUCUAAAUAAAAUUACUAAAGUAAAAUUUCUAAAAAUGAAUCAUAUAUCUCGAUGGAUAGGUAUUCAACUUAUUCUAUAACGACGACAACAACAACCAAAACAACAACGACGGCCACCAAGACAACAACAACAACGACGGCCACCAAGACAACAACAACAACAAAAUCAACCACGACAACAACAACCAAAACAACAACAACGACCUCCAAAACAACAACAGCGACGACAACUAUGA